CACGGCGGAAUCGACCGGGCUGGUUUUGGAGUCGAAAUAUGUAGACAGGAUUUUGGGCCAAAAUGGGCACGACGGAGGCGUACACCUUCUACGGCACGCAGCUCGAGGAGCUGACCGAGGAUGAGUUGUGGGCGAAGAAGCCCGUGCCUGUGGAGGAGCAGGUGGCGACGGACAAGCAGGGCCGGCGGCGCUUCCACGGCGCCUUCACCGGCGGCUUCUCGGCGGGUUACUUCAACACGGUGGGCUCCGAGGAGGGCUGGACGCCGGCCACCUUCCGCAGCACCAGGGCCGAAAAGGAGGCCAAGCGCCUGCAGCGUCCCGAGGACUUCAUGGACGACGAGGACCAGGAGGUGUUCGGAAUCGCUCCGAAGGUGCUCAGGGCGCGCCAGGAGUACAAGAAGGCCACGAUCGGCGGACACGGCUCCACGUCGCUCGAGGGCCUCCUGCGGCCCGUCAGGGACACGGUCGGAGUCCUGCUGUUCAGGCGCAUGGGCUGGCGCCCUGGCCAGGGCGUCGGACCGCGCCAGACGGCUGCCGAGAAGCGCCGCCGACGCCAGGUUGCUGGUCGUGCUGAGGAAGAAGAGGAGCCUGAGGACGACCUGGAGGGUGUGACGUUCGCACCUGACGACCUGACGACCCUGACCGUGGCCCCGAAAACCAACACGUACGGCAUGGGCUACGUCGGACUGGCCACGCCCUUCUCGCUGUUCGAGCCGCCCAAGCCGGUCAUGAACGCAGCCGUCGGUGGCGUCCGCGGCCAGGCAUUCGUUGGUGCGUUUGAGCGCGAGGACGACGACAUCUACGCCGCGGACGACACGAGCCGCUACGACUUUUUCCUCGAGAGCGCCAACGACCCAACGAGAGCCGCAAGAGACGCAACGACGAGUAAAGGGCAGAAAUUGAGGUCGUACCGUGACGGCCGCGAGAAAUUUCUGCCAGUGGACGCUAGUAUGCGACUCUCCCUGUUGGCGCCAGGUCUCUUAAGAAUUUCAAAGGUUCGACUGGAGGGCCGUGGAAAGUGUCUGUUCAGGGUGCCGGUGGUGCUGUCGGCCCAGGUCCAGUCCCAGGUCGACGCUAGAAAGACACCCGUUGCGUGAGGAGGUCGCUAACCUGACGAGGGUUGGCGUUGAUUUGCAGAAGCAGGAGGUGGGAGGUGCGGAGAAAAUUAUACCCUGGGCAGCGACUCUCAGGUGGAGCAGCAGCACCGCCACUCCAACUCGUCCACCGAGACGUCACCUUCGAGCGUUGAACGGCCUCAAGUCGCGCUGUAGUGCACUCUGUGAGCAUCCACCUGGUGCUUCGGAUGCGGCACCGCGCGGCGCGUGUUUGCGGUGCCGGUGGCCACGCACACGCCUCCGUGUCGACGGCGCCGUUGCCCGCCAAGUUCCACGCUGUGGCGGCGACUCGCGAGCUGCCGUCGGACAUGCCGAAACUACGGCCGCGCUGCAGGGCUCGGACAGCGGCAUCUCCAUCGAGUGCAGCUACCUCGCUGCCCCGACGGCUGAACCUGAACCUGGGCUGCUCCGUCCUGACCGCCAGGGGCGACGACGUCGACGUCAGCAUCCCCCUCGAGCGGUAAGGGUGGUUGCAUGGCGCCAUCACGCGCGUCGAGGCUGAACUGCGACUGCACCCUGAGGGCAGCUACCUCGUCAGGAACGGCGACCAACCCCAAUUAAGGCAAUUAUUUAAUCAGUAAUUAACGGCUUCCAUUAUUCGGGCGAGUUGCUGGCCAAAAACAGCGCCCUCUGGUCCGGCGGAAACCCAAACGACGUCAAAAAAGGGCAAAACCGUGUGCGUCCACGUCGAGAAGCAGGCCGACGAGCAGCUGAGGGACUGCAGCUGAGGCUCCGACACCCACCGCUUCGUUUGCCAACUGCCUCAAUCCUGUUAUUAAAAUAAAUGUUUUAUUUGUUUAAAUAAUCUACAA